AUGGCGGCGACACUGCGUCCAUACUUACUGGCUGUUCGCCGCACUCUGGAGGCGGCCAUAUGUCUGGUGGACUUCAACUCGCAAGUGGUUGAGAGACAUAACAAGCCGGAGAUUGAGGUGAAGAGCAGCAAAGAGCUGAUCCUCAACUCAGUGGUGAUCAGCCGUAACGAGAGGGAGCGGGUGCUGAUCGAGUCGUCCAUCAAUUCUGUGCGGAUCUCCAUUUGCAUCAAACAGGCCGAUGAUAUCGAGAGGAUUUUGUGCCAUAAGUUCACCCGGUUUAUGGCCAUGAGAGCCGACAGUUUUGUGAUUCUUCGGCGCAAAGCGGUCACCAAUUAUGACACACAGAGGAAGCCAUUGAUGGCCAACAACAACAAUAACUCCGAUAUGAAUAAUGGCGUCGAAACCGGUUUCGACAUCUCCUUCUUAAUCACCAAUUUUCACACCGAAUCCAUAUACAAAAUCAUUGACUUUAUUAUCCAUUUCAUGGAAGAGAUUGACAAAGAGAUCAAUGAGAUGAAGCUCGCCAUCAACGCCAGGGCCAGAAUCACCGCUGAAGAGUUCCUCAAGAAGUUCUAA